UCCAGUUGGGGAGCGAAUAGGAGCACACCCAUAUCAGCAAUUAUCAGCGACAGUAACUAUCUCCAGAUAUACCGGCAGGAGGAGAAACACUGCAGUCGUCCUGGACCCAAAAAAGCAACUUUGGUUUCAUUUAUCUCCGAUCGGUGCGCGCAACUUUUACGCAUUAAAACAAUUUGGAAACGCUCCGCGCUGCUGCCUCGUCCGUCUCUGUUUGUGCGGAGGGACAAAGUUUGCCCACUGCUCUCUACUACUGAGUUUUGGACGUCUAAAGGACCGGACUGCUUUAUCACCCGACCGUCCUUAUCUGGGAUUCCUUUAAGUCAUUGUGGUUCAAAACGGCACAAAUUAUUCUAACAAGGGUGGAAGAGCCUUUACGUGUGGACAGUAUCACCUCCACAGGACUGACACCAGCCUGACAAAUCAUCCCUAUACUUUCAAGGGUCCAAACAGUUGAGAAAAUGUAUCAAAGCCUGACCUUGUCCUCCAACCAGUCCCCUUACGCGCACGACACCGGGAAUUACAUCCACCCCUCGGCCAGCUCCCCGGUCUACGUCCCCACCACCAGGGUCCCCGCCAUGCUGCCCACCCUGCCCUACCUGCAGACCUGCGACUCGCCCCACCAGUCUCACGGCCUCAGCGGGCACCACGGCUGGCCCCAGACCGGCACGGACGGUUCCUCCUUCACGCCAAGCAGCCCUCACCCUCCACACGGCUUCUCUUACUCGCACAGUCCGCCCGUCAGCACCAACACCGGCCGGGACGCGACCUACCAGAGCCCGCUGGUUCUCGGAAACGGCGCUCGGGCGGAGCAGUACGGAGGCGCUCUGGUGCGCUCGGUCGGUGGCUCUUACUCCAGCCCCUAUGCGUACAUGAGCCCGGAGAUGGCGACGUCCUCCUGGACGCCUGGACCCUUCGAGAGCGGAGUGAUCAGUCUGCAGGGACGGCAUGGAGGACUGUCUGGGAGGAGGUCCAGUCUGGACCUGAUGGACGACAUGACCGCUGAGGGCAGGGAGUGCGUCAACUGCGGCUCCGUGUCAACGCCGCUGUGGCGCAGGGACGGUACCGGACACUACCUGUGCAAUGCCUGUGGCCUCUACCAUAAAAUGAACGGCAUCAACAGGCCGCUCAUCAAACCGCAGAAACGACUGCAGACCACAUCUCGCCGGGCUGGCCUUUGCUGCACUAACUGCCACACCAGCAUCACCACACUGUGGAGACGCAAUGCUGAGGGGGAACCUGUGUGUAACGCCUGUGGCCUCUACAUGAAGCUACAUGGGGUGCCCAGACCUCUGGCCAUGAAGAAAGAGAGCAUUCAGACCAGGAAGCGGAAACCCAAGAUGCCCAAGAAUAAAACAUCCACAGGAUCUACCACAUCUGACACCAGCUCCCCAACCUCCUUGUCAGUCUCAGAACAUGCCUCAACCAUUAAGAGCGAACCCAACAUGGCUCCUUCACCCUACGCUGGACAGACAGUCACAUCUGCCACUCAGACAGCUUCGCAGUUAGACAGCACAGGAUCAGGACAUGUGGACAUUAAAUAUGAGGAUUAUCCCUUUACACCAACUUCCAUGGCCCCACAGAACUCCUGGUGUGCUCUGUCUCAAGCAUGAGCAACCUCAACCAACAGGACUGCCACACUGACAACAUACAACUCAUUUUGUCUGAAUCUCCAUCCUGCAACUACUCUGCUGUGUGUAUAAACAUUACAUUGGGGUUCAUGCAGUAUCUGAUGGCCACGUGUUCAGACACUCUUGACCUGAGCACCUUGACCUAAUCCGCUUGCCAUAUAAUGUACUGUAACACACUGGCUCUGUACUUGGCAGGCUCAACACAGCUCACGUGGACCAUACUUUAGCUUCACAGGGACACAGGGUACCGGGACUGCAGUUUUACAAAAGGAUGAGUGUGUAUUAUCCACAGCACACCGACUCAGCAGCUCAGUCAGAGCAAAGAACACACUCGAACUAGGACCAAACACUGAUCCUGGCUCUCCUGAACUCACACAAGCCCCAUUUCCUCAGCGGGAGAACAAGAACUACCUAUUACCAUAAGAAAUCUCCAUUUUUGGAGUACCACUACACUAAAUACACCAAUGCAAAGACAAUCAAGUGGAGUGUAAAAAGACAUGGAUACAGUAACCCCUUUUUAUAACUGAUUUUAGUUUAUUUUUGUUGCUGUCACUGGUCGAUAUUACCCUCACUGCUUUCUGUGGUGAACAUAGUAAGUGCAGUUUCAGCGUGUUGUUGUCAUCACAGAAAGAAAAACGGAAAAUGGACAGAAAAUACCUUUUUUAUGGCUGUUAAACAUGUCUCAUUACAAACGAGUAGAUGAUUAACUUUUAUAGGCACAUUAUUUAUGUUGAGAUAAGGACAGUUAAAAGUCAUGGUGGACACUAAAACCAACCCACUGCUCACCGUCGUAGAAUGGUUGGUGUGUUUUGCAGCCUCCAAGCUACAAUGCUUGGAUUGUGUGAAUGAUUUUACAGAUUUUAAACUGCAUCUUGUAUGAUUCAUUUGAUAAUCAGAACCAGUCGUCUUGAUUCUGACAUCAUGACUACAUAUCAGAAGUUUAUCAUUUUACUGCUUUAAUAUUUGACAUUAAUGAAAGUGCAAUGGCUCAGUUUUCCAUUUAAGAAAUUGAAGGCACAACAGAAAGAGUGUGAAAUGAUUCUAAACAUAAUAAUCUAAUUUUAUUGUCUGUAUUUUGUCAGUAUGUAAGGGAAUCUUAUUAUUGUAAUGUUCUUAAGAACUCGUGUUCCCUCUCUUUUGUCAAUGCUCUUUGGAAUCUGUUCAGGUUAAUAAACUGAUUCACAUUUUAUUCAUUGGAUUUGUGAAAAUGUGUGUGGUUUUCGAGUAAAUCUCACAGAUAUCUUCAGUAUACUUGAGAUAAUUAUCUGAGAUCAGAGAUGGAUUUUGAUGGCAUAAAUCAGUGGUUCUCAACCAAACCCCCAUAGAGUAACCCUCAUCAGCAUCCAAAUAUGUUGGGUGUUUAGGUGGGUGGAGCGUGUCAGGUGGCAUCCACCUGAAUGUCAGCCCAAGGUUUCCCAACAGAACAGUGCAUUGUAUAAAGAUGAUCAAUGUUGUUCACUUCACCUGUUAGUGGUUUUAAUGUUUUGGCUGAUCGGUGUAAACUGGAUGCUAUUAAAUAUCCUACUCAUAGUUAGACAAAGGUGGAUCUUGUUACAAUAUUUCUUCUGACAAUGUUUAGGUGCAUUUGAUCAGGUUUGCCCUUGGAGCCUACUACAUCAUGUUGUGUCUUGAGCUGGAUUCCUUGACCAUUAUGCCAUUAGCCUACAUAUUUCAACUGUUAACCCAUCAGUUGAAUCUUCCAAACCUUUAUCUACUGAUUUCAGAUAACUCUUCCAGCUUUUAAUCCAUUAUCUUCAGCAAACUCUUCCAACUUUUUAUCCAUUGCUUUCAGCUAAUUCCUCCGACUUUUAAUCCAUUGCUCUCUGCUAACUCUUUCAACGUUUAAUCCAUUGCUUUCAGCUAGUUCUUCCAACUUUUUAUCCAUUACUUUCAGAUAACUAUCCAAUUGUAAAUAUGUAUCUUUUAACUAACUUUUCAAACUGUUUAUACAUUAUUUUUAGCUAACUCUUCCAAUGGUUUACAUUUACAUUUUAAACUGUUCUUUAAAAUCUAAAUCCGUUUACAGCAUUAAUUGAUCACUUUUAGCUAACUAUCUGAGCUUUCUUGUUCUCUUUCACACACUCUCAAUUGCAUCAUGUGUUGGCAAAUGACUCAGGUUUAUUGGCAGUUCACUGGUUAUUGUAAAUUAACUAGAGAUCAGCGUCAAACCAGUCUGUAGUCCAAUUUGGCUGUUAAUUUUUCUCUGUAAUAUAGUAUGUGAAUGUAUUACUUUAAUGAAAUCCAAAUGUCUGAUUGUUUUUCUAUUUCAUCAA